AUGGCCACCGUGAUUAUUGUUGGUGCUGGCACCGGAGGGAUCGCCACAGCAGCACGACUGGCUCAACAAGGGUUCCGUGUCAAAGUUGUAGAAGAACACGGAUUCAUUGGAGGCCGAUGCUCCAUUAUCUCUAAAGACGGCUAUCGCUUCGACCAAGGCCCGUCAUUGCUGUUAAUGCGCGAGGUCUUCGAAGAGACCUUCGAGGAUCUCGGUGCCUCGCUAAAGCAAGAAGAUAUCCGUCUCAUCAAAUGCGAGCCAAACUAUUGUGUUUGGUUCCCCGACAUGGAUAUCAUCGAGUUAUCGACCGAUCUCACACGCCUGAAGGAGCAGAUCCAACAUCACGAAGGUCCGGAUGGGUUUCCCCGUUUCUGUGCCUUCUUGAACGAGGCCGGCACUCACUAUAACCUGUCACUUGCGCAUAUGCUACGAAAGAGUUUCCCUCGGUUGCUGAGUUUGCUACGGUGGAAUGUAUUGAAAUCACUGAUUUUCAUCCAUCCAUGGACGAGCACAUACGCUCGAGCUGCGCGAUAUUUCUAUUCAGAGAAGAUGCGGCGCGUGUGGACUUUUGGUAGCAUGUACAUGGGUAUGAGUCCAUACCGGGCUCCGGCGACGUAUUCGCUGCUACAAUAUAUUGAGACGGUAGAUGGAAUAUGGUAUCCAGAGGGGGGUUCCAAAGAGUAUGCUCACUCCAUCCCGUCAAUACACUCAUCUACUAACCUAAACAAGGUCCUAAGAGCUCUAGCAGAUAUCGGACAGCGAUCCGGAGUGGAAUACAUCCUCAACAGUCCCGUCAAAUCUGUCCUACUCAAUCACAGGGAUCGCUUCGCAAAAGGCAUCCUUCUGGAAGAUGGCGAAGAGCUUUAUGCUGAUUUAGUCGUGAUCAACGCUGACCUUGUCUACGCAUACAACGAACUCCUUCCAAAGACACGCCGGUUGAACGACCUGAAAAAAAGGCCCACAUCGUGCAGUAGCAUCUCAUUUUUCUGGUCUUUCGAUGAGAAACUGCCUCACUUACGAGCACACAAUAUCUUCCUAGCUGAGGAGUACCGGGGAAGCUUUGAUGCCAUCUUCGAGGAACAUCGUAUCCCAGACGAACCGUCAUUUUAUGUUAAUAUACCGAGUAAGAUCGAUUCAACCGCUGCACCGCCUGGUAAAGAGGCUGUUGUCGUCUUGGUCCCCGUGGGCCAUUUGACAUCGGAAAAUGGAGGACAAUUGGAACAAGAGAAAUGGGAUACCCUAGUAUCUCAAACACGCGAAAUUAUCUUGGACACUAUCGAGGCUCGCACGGGGUUACAAGGCUUGCGGUUCAAGCUGGUUCACGAAAUGGUUGAGACGCCGCUUACUUGGGAAAAGAAAUAUAAUCUCGACCGUGGUGCGAUCUUGGGCCUUUCGCACUCGUUCUUUAAUGUGCUCAGCUUCAGGCCAAAGACCAAGCAUCCGGACAUUGAGCGGCUUUAUUUUGUUGGAGCCAGCACGCAUCCGGGGACAGGCGUUCCUGUUUGUCUGUUAGGGAGCAAGCUUGUCGCUCAGCAAAUAGUGGAAGAUUGGAACAUGGAAAUUGAGCAGAAACCUCGAAUGGGGUUAAUAUUGACAGUAGUGAUGGCUCUGUUGGCUCUGGUGGUGUCUGUUUUCUGGAAGCAGCAUUAG